GUUUAAACAAAGGCUUCCUAAGCUUAUUAGCUUUCUUUCUAUCCAUUUUUUAAAGUAGCGCAAAUAAUGUCUUGUAUGCCAUGUGGUUAAUACUAUUUGAAAGAAUAAGGAGUAAAUGAUUUUUUGGAAAAAAUAACAUGAAAGGAGACAUAGGCGAAAGAAAGAAUAAUGUAUCUUUGAGGUUAUUUCGCCUUUGGAUAGAAACCUCUCAUGUGCAUAUGCGAAAUAGCCAUAAUCAAAUAUAUAAUGACUAUUCCCAUUUCUCUCUUACUUUUUCUCUUUUACUUUUCUACAUGUUACUCAACUCUAAUAGUACAUCUUACUUUGAUACCACCAAAUGGAAGAAAAAGCUAACGAUCCCUUUAAAGCGUCAUCGAAACAACGUUCAUUGGAAUGGAUCGGCAACUGCAAAGGCUGCAGCUACGGAAAAAUUCAUUAGACGAAACAAACAAGAGGUCUUAUCCGAGGAUUUGACUGCAAGUCAAUUUGCAAAUAUUACAGGCAUCAAAAAAACAAAACGUUAUGAAGAGGAAGCACAUUUAAGUGAUGACGAUGCAGACUCUACGACCACAUCCGCAAGCCAACCAUUGUCUAUUUGGGACUCCCAUUUUUGGCAUAAUGAUCGACAAACCGAGACUUCUAUUACCUCAUCUGCAUCUCAGCCUUGCAUCUCAUCAUUAACUUCCUUACCUUUAACAAGGCAUAAAUCAGAGCCAGGAGUGAUACAGAAAGGUAGAUUCAAAAUUACUUGGGGAAUGGAUGACGAAUCAGCUAUGAUUACCCCUGAAAUUAAUUGUGUAGAAUGGAAACGUAAAAAGAACAUGUAAAUGAGAUAUACAUCUUGAAGAAAGAUACCUACAUUCUUUUGAAACGACAAAUAUUAUGGAAGUCUCUCUUAUUCUCCUUUUUUCUAUAUCCUUUCUCUUAUCACUCGCUCACUCUUUACCUUCAUUUUUAUCUAUGUAAAUACUCA